AAGGACAUCACCGGCAAAGGGGGGCCUCCAGGCUUUGCUCCCCGGUUCCGGUGGGGGGCAAGGCUUUCUUUUCCCCAGACCCCCCGUCGUUUCGGGGCAGGGUGACGGCCACGUGGCGGGCGCAGGGCUGGGGCAGGACAUGUGCAGCCAGCUGGAUGGCGAGGGGGAACAAGCAGUGCCCCUGGCAGCCGCCCCGAAGCCGGCUGGGAUUAUUUAUGGAGCAGAUUUCCUCCAGUGAGUGCCAUCGGUGUCUAAAUUCCAGCUGGGAAAACUGAACUCGGCAUCAAAGAGCAGACCUGCGAGCAAGCAUCCAUCAAAGCAGCGUUGCCUUAAGCCUGGCCCAGGGGGGUUUGUUGGAUCAACCUGUGGGAAUCGGGGCGCAGGCUGGGAGCAGCAGGCUGGUGUGCCAGGCAUCUUAAAACACCCUCAGCCGGCAAAAAUCACUGCUCCGGUCUUCCCCUCUCCGGCUGCACGGGGACGGUUUGCUCAGUAUUGGUACAAAAUCCGCACCGUGUCUCUGGGUGGGCACCUCUCAGGAUCCCCCUGGACCUUCAAACUUUCUCCAACAAUUGUGUGGUGGGAAGGUCCGGGGCUUAUGCAAGGAGACCAUGACCACUGAUGAGGCCACCAAGAGCGAAGGGGAGGUGCAGGCGGCGACGCUUGCCGAGCGCGGGGAGGACAUCACGCCGGCUCAAGACCGAGGGGUCCUGAAGAUCAUUAAACGACCCGGCAGCGAAGAUGAGUCCCCCAUGAUCGGGGACAAGGUUUACGUCCACUACAAAGGCAAACUGGCCAAUGGUAAAAAGUUUGACUCCAGCCGCGAUCGGAACGAGCCCUUCAUCUUCAGCCUGGGCAAGGGUCAGGUAAUCAAGGCAUGGGACAUCGGAGUAGCUACCAUGAAGAAGGGAGAGAUCUGCUACUUGCUCUGCAAACCCGAGUAUGCGUACGGCUCUGCUGGCAGCGCCCCCAAAAUCCCCUCCAACGCCACCCUCUUUUUCGAGGCAAAGCUGCUUGACUUCAAAGGCGAGGACUUGUUUGAGGAUGGAGGGAUAAUCCGGAGGAUCAAGAGGAAGGGAGAAGGUUACUCCAACCCUAACGAAGGUGCUACGGUGGAAAUUCACCUGGAGGGAUUCUGCGGCGGCACCAGGUUCGACUGCAAAGACGUGAAGUUCGUCGUGGGCGAAGGGGAGGACCACGACAUCCCCAUUGGCAUCGACAAAGCCCUGGAGAAGAUGCAGAGGGGAGAGCACUGCAUCCUCUACCUCGGGCCACGGUACGGCUUCGGUGAGGCGGGGAAGCCGAAAUACGGCAUCCAGGCAAACGCAGAGCUGGUGUAUGAGGUUACGCUGAAGAGCUUUGAAAAGGCCAAGGAGUCGUGGGAGAUGGACACCAAAGAGAAGCUGGAGCAGGCUGCCGUCGUCAAGGAGAAAGGCACGAUGUACUUCAAGGAAGGCAAAUACUUGCAGGCCGUGAUUCAGUAUGGGAAGAUCGUGUCCUGGCUGGAAAUGGAGUAUGGCUUGUCUGAGAAAGAGUCGAAAGCCUCCAACUCCUUCCUCCUGGCUGCCUUCCUCAACCUGGCCAUGUGCUACCUGAAGCUGCGAGAGUACGCCAAAGCUGUCGAGUGCUGCGAUAAGGCGCUAGGACUGGACCAGGACAACGAGAAGGGCUUGUACCGGAGGGGCGAAGCCAGGUUAUUGAUGAACGAGUUUGAGCUGGCAAAAUGUGACUUUCAAAAAGUACUGGAAGUGAAUCCACAGAACAAAGCAGCGAAAUCCCAGAUCUCUGUCUGCCAGAAGAAGACGAAGGAGCACAACGAGCGGGACCGGAGGAUCUACGCCAACAUGUUCACAAAGUUUGCGGAGAGGGAUGCAAAGGAAGCAGCUAGCAAAUCCGGGGUCGAAAAAGCAAUGGAGAAAGCAGCUUGUGAGAAGGGACCGAAAACUCCUGGUGCUGAAGAAGAAGAGGCCGAAGGACAUGUAUGAUGGAGAAGGAGGGGAAGGGAGAGCCUACUGCCCUCAGCCCCCGCAGAAAAGGUUACUGCCAGACCUUGGGACUCGCCAGUGUUUUCUUGUAAAGCUUGUUACAGUUUGUGUGAUCGUGGAAGCAAAAAGCGCCUCACACAGAAAAAACGAACCUCGUCCCACCGCCCUGGGUGCGCUUGGGGGCAGAGCGGGAACGGUGGGAUGCUGUGGGACCACAGCACGUGGAACAAAUAGCUUUUAAACAGAGAGAAAGAGAGAAAAAAAAAAAAUAAAUAAAAAUUGAAACUCUUGGC